ACCUAUACUCACCUGAACCAACCGAACCAGGAAGGGGUAGCAGGGGUUUGCUAGCAGGAGUAUGAAGGCGAGACUUCUCUUGGAGACUGAGAUCCAGCAUCGGUCCAUGGCGGAGGAGGAUCCGAACGGGAAUGAGCACAGGUCGGCUGCUCGCAGCACAGCUCCCCGCUGUGGGCCGCAGCACGCUGGUGCCCUGCAGCUAGCCAGACUUCACUCUCCAGUCCUGGGAAUCGUGACGGCCAACUUUGCGUCUGGGCUGAUACACUUGGGGGCUGACACCUGGGGGCCUGUGGACAUCCCUGUAAUUGGCAAGCACAGGUGGUGCCUUAUCCGCCCGUUCAGGGAGCACCACAUCGAGCCCUCGGCCACCCCCCGCCACGACUUCAUCCAAACCAACGGCGACAACUGUAAGAUCCCCACACUGGCCCUGGCUCACAUGGCCUCCAAGUUCCUCACCUACACACCGGACGCCCUGGCCGCGACCUACCCCUGGGAGUGCUACGUGUUCGCCCUGGCGGUCUUCGUGACGCUGACCAAUCGGAUCCACAAGUGGAGCCACUCCUACUUCGGCCUCCCUCCAUGGGUCGCGCUGCUGCAGGACUGGCCCCUGCUGUCGCCGCGGAUACACCACCGCAUCCACCACGUCUCGCCGCAUGAGACCUACUACCGCGUCACGACAGGCUGGUGUAACUACCCCCUGGGUUGUCUGUCCUUCUGGAGGCGGCCGAAGCGACCGGUCCAGGGGCUGACGGGCCUCCAGCCGCCCUCAGACCACCUGGCCUGGGCUAAGAGGACCAGCUGAAACCAACAGUUUGCCCCCGCACACA